AUGAAUGCAGCGGAUGUGCACGUCCCCCAGUUCUUCUCUCACUUUAAUCCCCCCACACACACACACACCUUUUCACUAGAUCUGCUCACUUGUAGGCUGUGCUGUACAAUAGUUGUGGGAAUAGCAGUAGCAAAGCAAGAAAUUUGGAGCUGAUGGUCAUCGUGUCUUGGAGAAUGUUGGUGCGCGUCUUUUGUGUGUUGAUCUUGUCCAUCUGUAGUGUUCAAAUGUUUGACCAGGACCUGAACCCUCGGACGCUAGCUGGACUGGAGAAAGAGUGGAGCCGAAAUCCUUGUUUCAAAAAAGUCUGUCAACGAGGCGAGACAUGUGUCUUAGACAGAGACAGGAAUAGCAAAUGUGUCUGUCAGACUGACUGCGGGAUGCUGAAAUUCAACCGAGGACAAUACGAGGUGUGUAGCACUGCCAACGUCACCUAUCAGUCAGAGUGCCACUUAAAUAUCGACCACUGCCUGUGUAAGAGCAACGCCAGAGGGUGCAGCCAGCCGGGGGUCACGAAAAUACUGGUAGAUUACUUUGGCGCCUGCAGAGAUUUCCCAAAAUGUACAGACAGCGAUGCCACACAGUUUCCUGGCCGUUUAAGGGAUUGGUUUUAUGUUGUCAUGGACGAAAUGGCUCGUAGAGCAGCUAUUGGCGAAUACAAGGAUCUUUGGUUGGAGACCGUCAAGGGACACAAUCACAAUUAUGCAACGAUCUGGAAAUAUUGUGAUUUAGACGUCGAUCCCCAAGACAGACGUGUCAGUAAGAAAGAGUUGCAGUACUUAAUGAAGACAGUGAAAGCGACUGAGCAAUGUCUGGCUCCUUUCCUGGACAAAUGUGACGUCAACAACGACCGCGAAAUUACACUGAUGGAAUGGGGGCAUUGCUUAGGAUUAAAAGACAGUGAAAUUGUGGACAAGUGUCAUUCCAUUCAUCAAUAUAGAAGACAGAAGUAGACAGGUCUUCACUAAGUCUUCACUAAGAUGUUUCUCUCAUAUUAUUUUUGUGUUUUUUAUAUCAAGAUUUCGUGGGUUAACAUUUGUAUACAUUACAAGAACAACGUAGAAACUUCUGACUGUACAAUUCAACAUAAAGUACAUAUCUCUAUUGAAGACAUAUUCAUCAUCAUCAUCACUCCUUUGAGUUCCUCAUGGAACAUAGGGCCUCGACAAAAACACGCCACUCUCCACGGUCUCUUGCUAGUUUUUUGAUGGUGUCCCAGCUCUUCCUGGUCUUCUCUGCUUCUUGAAGUACACUGCGUCGCCAUGUUCUUUUUGGUCUUCCUCUGCGUCUUGUUCCCUGGGGGGUCCACUCUAAGGCCUGCCUAGCUCUGUUGCUGGUAUCUUUUCUAAGGGUGUGACCAAUCCAUCUCCACUUUCUCUCUAAGAUCUGCACCUCUAUAUUUUUCUGUCCACUCAUCUCCCACAGUUUGGUGUUUUCUACUGUGUCGUACCAGUGUAUUUUUAUGAUAUUUCUCAGGCAUCUAUUGAUGAAGGUCUGUACUUUUUUUUUUGUCGCUUCAGUUGUUCUCCACAUAUUGUGCAGGCUAUAACUUUUGAAGUCUCGGCUAUAACAUUUCAUUUCAUUUUCUUUUGGGUCACAACAAGAGGGGACUUUGAGAUUUUGGUGCCUUGUGUACAUUUCCAAUGGACUCCCCAUUCCUGGCUUCUUGUAUUGUUUUAAGUUUAUUGGGGAAAGAAAUAGCGAUGCCUCUUCAGGCUUGAGGCCCUGUACGGUCACGCACUUUGCAAACUUCUAAAUCUGAGCUUGGUCUAAUGUAAAAUUAAAGUUUUUUUUAGAAAGCUUCUAUCAACUCACUCUGUCUGUGUUGUAGACAUUUUGAAUACGUCAUUUCUCUCUGACUUCUCAUUCUCAGAUCAAGUUGAAACUUCAUAGAACUAUUUCAUUGUUUUAAAAAACAACAACAAUUACUUAAUUAAAUAGUUGUGAUGGAUUAAUUUUAUUUGAUAUCAAAAAGGGAAAUAAAUCUUACAUUAUUGAGUGA